AUGCGCAUCAAGCCUGCGCGCUAUAUACAAACAUACGGUCGAGGAGGAGAAAGCAGUUGUUAAACCUUGUAGAAUGAGCAGAAAAUACUUUUUAAUCUUCACUUAGUAAUUCAAUUUACCAAGGGGCUGUAUUUAAAGCUACAUUAAUAAUACUUCGAUCUUCUUGGCCAAAGAGGCCAUCUCUGUUUGGAAGAAGUGGUCCGAUGAGGUACAUCCAGAGAGCUUUCCUUCCUCCCGUCUCGUCCACCUGCAUCAGAGGUCCACUUCCUUGAGUCUUGACCAUCAGCAGCCUCCGGCGGCAGGACACAGAUGCAGGGUCAUAAGCUGUGGUCUCAGGUGGCCUUGAUCGCCCUCCUGGUGGUCGCCGUGAUGGCAACCGAUGGAGGAAAGACAGAGAAACAAGGUAAGAAGGAGCGCCGGUCGGACUGCAGUGAGUGGCAGUGGAGCGUGUGCGUGGCCAACGAGGGCGACUGCGGCCUGGGGACCCGGGAGGGGACGCGCGGCGGGGCCGAGUGCAAGCAGACCGUCAAGACCCAGCGCUGCAAGAUCCCCUGCAACUGGAAGAAGAAGUUUGGAGGGGAGUGCAAGUACGAGUUCCAGGCCUGGGGUGAGUGUGACCCAGCAACCGGGAAGAAGAACCGGACGGGGUCCCUGAAAAGAGCCCUGAUGGACGCCACUUGUGCCGCCACUGUCACCGCCACCAAACCCUGCGGGAAGACCCACAAGACCAAACUGCAAGACUCAAAGAAGCAGAAGAAGGAGGGAAAGAAACGCACUCCGAUGGACUAGGAUGAUGACAUCACCGGCAAGGGCGAAAGGGAGAGUGAAAGAGAGGGAGCGAGAGAGGGAGAGAGAGAGAGUCCUUUAGGUUGACCGUAUAGCAACACAUCAUGUCAACAAAAACCAGUUGGGAUUCAAACCAAAUAGAAAAGUAGUUUUGACCUUGUGUUUUAUCAUCCUGUCCCUCUUUUGUUCCAGCCUGGUGAAGCCUUGUAACCCCUCGCCUAGUCCUAUUAAUCAAUUCAAAAGGUGUGUGUUUAUGUCGUAGGGCACUUCCACCUAAUCAUGUCAUCGCUGGGAUUAUUCUGUUUCUGCCCCACGGAAAAAACCCAACUCUUGAUAGAAAGAGUUUCAAAGCGCUGCCCUGGACGCUACAAGCAGUCCUCAUCCCCACUUAAUUAAUUUGAACAGAAAGUUGUUCUAAUGCAAUUACGAACAUGGUUUGAGUCAGGGCUUUAUGAUUUAUUCUUUUAUCCAUUUGAGGGCUCUUUUUUUGAUUAAUGACUUUUCUUUAUUAUAUUCCUGAUAUGAAAUAAUGCAUUGUUUUAUUUUUUUGCCCAGGGGACUGCGUUCAGCAGGCCUCUGGGUGUGUGCUGUGGGAACUUCUGUCUCGUGAUCUCUGUCGAAUUUUCCUUGUCAUUGUCAAACUUUUCUUGAAAGCUGUCGGUUUUUAACAAUGCGCUUUUCCCUGCCUACUACCUUCUGAAAUAAAUAAUAAUAAAACAAGUAAAUUAAGAACCAAAAA